CCCUUCCCCUUCUGGAUCAAACGACGUCGGUUACUGAGGUGGAGAUAAGACUUGGAGUCGCCCUGCCGGACUACUUCUAGUAAUCGAUUUCGUCGAACGUGCCUUCCGUCGUGUCUCAACCUAGCGCUUUCUAGUUUUUCCUCACUGGUUCGCGUGCCAAAUGCACCCGUAGACUCGUAUAGCCUGUCAAGUCCGUUCGAUUAUUUCAUUCAGAGUUUAUGGUCGUUUGCCCACCUCGAGGCAAGUCGACGACGUUCAUCCCGAAGACAAAUGUUCAAGUCACGUGAGCCCAGUGUCGCAGUUGCUGCAAAUGUUGAGUCACCCACUUGGCCCGAGCUUUCGGUGAGCUUUGCCCGAGGGAAAGGUGAGCUCUUCCCAAAGCGGCCUACCAUUACUGACUUAAUUACUCAGGAAAGAAAAAAAUAUCCGCGUGGUGGCAAUCCAAUCUCAUUUCUCGCUGCGCACCACUCGUCGAGUCGACGCCGACAUCAGCCACCGCCGACCGAUACCAGACCCAACGCCGAUAUGGAGCACUUACGCAAUGCCAAUGACACCCGACGCAGGCGAUAUUGCAUUUUCAUUUUCGCUCUAUCCACUCUGGGAUACUGCUCUCUAGUCUCUAUCGCGUAUGUCGGGGUCUGCAUUUGGGGUUUCGAACCCCUUUUCGCCAGAAUCAGAGAAAUCAGCAAAUUCAGGACCGUGAAAUUUGAUGCUUGGGCGACGUGCGAGCGUCGGUGCACUUAUUGCACUUAUCGGCACCGAUGGCGGGCCUGCCAAGCUCCAGUGUUGUCGGCUGCUGGGGGGUUCGGGGCCGCAAGUGCCAACCCAAGCCACUUAUGUCCGUCAUUAGCGGUCAAUCGCCGCUAUUGCUGCCAUCGUCAAGCCCCCGGGUCCGGGCGUCACACCCACGUGGAAAACUAGAGGCGAUCACCGGUCUCUUCGGCCUUGGUACCUAACAGGA